CGUAAAAUGGCAUUUUGCAAAAAUGAUUUGCACGCAAGUAAAUACAUUUUUUGUAUGAAAAAAGCUGACUUUAGUAAAUGAAUUGUUUUAAUUUUUGGGCCGAUUCAUAAAACAAUUGUCAUAAAGGUGUCACAUGAUUGAAGUUUAAAAAUUCAAAAUUUAAAACAGAACAUUCAUGACCUUUAAGUUGAGCAGAGUAACAACGUAUAGAAUUAAAAUAACUGAUCAAUAUUAACGCCCAAAGAGGUCAAUAUCAAUGGAAGACGUUAUAACGGUUGCAGAUGCUCUUAUAAACCCCGUUACUUUACAAUUAGAAAACUUUAUUACUCAAAGUGAUAAAAAAAAUGAAUGGAACUCAAUAUUGAAAGUUAAAAAUGGAGAAAAAAAAACUUGCGUAAUUGAUUGUGGAGUUUGUGGAGAUAAAAGUUCUGGAAAACAUUACGGAGUUAACACUUGUGAAGGUUGCAAAAGUUUUUUCAAGCGAAGCGUUAGAAGAAACUUACAAUACACCUGCAGAGCAAAAAGAAACUGUUCAAUAGAUCAACACCAUCGCAAUCAAUGUCAGCAUUGUCGGCUUAAAAAAUGUCUAAAGGCUGGAAUGCGUAAAGAUGCUGUACAGCGUGGCAGGCUAAAUAGUCAACAAGGAGCUGCACAGGUUUUUGAAGAUGCAACAGUUAAUAACUUUUCAUUUUUAUCUGGGUUUGUUACUUUGUUACUAAGAGCCGAACCUUGUCCAAUAUUUCGUUAUUCACAAGGAGUGUCAAACAACCCCCAAUUUGAUUUUAUCGAUAUCGACAACUAUGAGUUAGCAGCUCGCCUUCUUUUUAAUGCUGUUGAAUGGUCUCGCAACAUACCGUUUUUCCCAAAUCUUUCAUUAACCGAUCAAAUAGCCUUACUUCGGUUAUGUUGGAAAGAGUUGUUUAUUCUUAACGUGGCGCAAUGUCCAAUGCUAAUAGAUGUAUCUCACUUGUUAAACUCUCAAAUGAAUAUUUAUGCAUCUCCUGAGCACAUGGCAUCUUUUUUAGACCAAGUCCGGAUAUUAAAAGAACAACUUAAUAAACUGAGGGCAAUGCACGUGGAUCCAGCUGAAUUCGCAUGUUUAAAAGCAAUAGUUGUAUUUUCUUCAGAUGCACCCGGUUUGAACGAUCCUCAAUACAUAGAAACUUUACAAGAGAAAACUUAUUUUGCACUUGAAGACUAUAUAAAAACUCAAUACCCCUUGCAACCAACUCGUUUUGGAAAGUUAUUGCUUCGAUUUCCCUCAAUACGAAUAAUAAGCGCAACAGUGAUUGAGCAACUAUUUUUUGUGAGAUUGGUUGGAAAAACUCCAAUUGAAACAUUAAUACGAGAUAUUCUUAUUUCUGGUACAUCAUAUGAUUGGCCCACUUUAAACUACUCUGAAAGAACUUAAAAAUUUAUACAAAUUAGGACAAAAAUUAUAUAACUAGUUUGAAGUAUCUAGUGGAAAAAAUGCAACCAAACGUUUAGGGAUGUCUUGUCUUGUAGAUAUACAAAUUCAUUAAUAGAAUAUUAUCGUUGUAAAUAACAAAUACAUGUAAAUAUAUGUGUGUAAAUAAUUUUUUAAAU